CAGACUAGAGAUCCUGGGAGGAGCUUUAGCAAGGAUCUUGGCAGUGGAGAAACCAAUAUUGAGCUAGUCGUACUGGUGCAGUAAUCCAAGGAGUACACGCAACGUCCAGUAAUUCCGUGUAUUUUUCUGGUUUUAUUUUACAAUUAACGUAGUUAUUUGAUCGGGUGGAUAAGGUAGCAGUCGAUCAGAUGGGCCCACGCACCACAGCAGCAGGUCGCAUUAACUGGCCAGUCAGUCAACCUGGGCAGAAAACCUUGUGCCUGCAGCUAUUAGGCAACAUUGCAAACCGCAGCGUGAGCAGUGGCAAUCUUGCACGAAACAAAAUCCGGGACUGGGACGACGAAGAGAACAGAAACAAUCACUUGGAGAAGAAGCAUACGCUCGUUUUGCAUUGUACCGCGUUUCGUCCAUCUGCACUGCGCGUACUAAGCGGACUCAUCGACCGCCACUGGCGCAAUAGUGCUAAAUCGAGCCGCAACACGCCGUAUUUGUCCCGAGAUCGCAGGCAGCCAUGUCCCUGGUCCACGAAGACUCGCAGAUAUCUCAGGACUCGCAGAUGACCAUUAUCGAUGAGGACCGCCACGAGAUCCUCUAUUUUGCCUAUGGCAGCAACAUGUCCACCGCGCAAAUGAGGCAGCGAUGCCCUUACUCCACGCCCAUCGGCCUCGGCUUUCUGCCUGGCUGGCGCUGGAUCAUCAACGAGCGAGGGUACGCCAAUAUUGUGCAGCAGGAUAGCCAGACUGGCGGCGGGGUGUAUGGUCUGCUGUAUCUGCUACCGCCACGGGAUGAAGAUGCCCUUGAUAUUUUUGAGGGCGUCGGAUAUUACUAUGAGAAAAGCAAGGUGGAGGUUACGUGGCAGCUGGACGGUGAGAAGAAGGCCAUUGGCGGUGGCAACGGGCAGGUCGUCAGGGCGUUGGUAUAUAUGGACGAGGAGCGAACGGUGCCGGCUGCGCCGUUGGAGGAAUACAUUCAGCGAAUGGAAACGGCCAUUGAGGAUGCCGUUGAGAAUUGGGGCCUUGAUCGUGCAUAUGCAGCCGAGUUGAGGAGGUUUUGGGCGUAGACGCGGGCUACGGAUUGCAUCCCUUGGCGUUUUUCGGUAUGGCGGCGUCUUGUUUGGUGAAUUUCUCUGCUCAGUUUAUUCUUGCCUCACUCUACUAAACAUUUUAAAAAAAAAUUCUUUUUUCUUUUCAAGUCGUUGUUAA